UGCAUGGAUUCCUGCAAAAGUAGUGUACUCUCGUGACAUGAGCGAGUUGGGUGCCGCCAUGGAGCAACUGCCUGCCGACCUGUUUCAGGCUGCAGAAGCCGAUACAUAUUUUUGCGGCGGCUUUUUUCUCUCGUGGUUGCAGGAUAACUUUGUACAUGGACAGCCUGGUAUUUUGCGUAGUAUAGGGCUUAUGGAGGCACUCUUGAAGGCGGCGGAUUUUGUCCUACUGGACUCUAUUCUCUCAAACGAGAUCAGACUGAUGGAUUGUUGCUUUCAAUGGGUACAUUGUUUGCUUGCACGAGAGCUGCCGUUGGAAUUGUUGGUACUUCUUUGGGAAAAGUAUAUGGCCAUUGGGAAUAGUGAGGCGGUGCUGGACUUCCACAGUUAUGUCUGCGCGGCUCUUAUGAUGCAGUUGCGCCAGAAGAUUGUGGGGCAAUCUGUUGAUGUCAUCAUUCAUCUGCUGAAGGACCCGUUGGAAAAACGGGUACGACCACCGCAAGGGUCCCGAAAUAAGGACGUGUAUGAUUGUGCGUGGCUGGAGGGUCUGAUUUCAAGGGCAUCACAACUCCUCCGUGACUACCCGGCAUCCUCGUUGACAUGA